GUCUGAACGUGUCUGCCGGAUCGUGACGGUAUAUAAAGGAACUGGGUCGCGGCAGGACAUCACUCAUCACACAGACGCCCCGGUCUACGCACGUCUCGCCUCCCAUCAUGAAGGUCCUGUUGCUCGCUAUCCUGGGUCUGGUCGCCCUGGCCGCCGCCAUGCCCUCCGACAUCAUCGACUUCGAGGAGGACCACAUGGAGCACGAGCAGGAGGGCGUCCCGGGAACGGCCGUGGAGGGCGAGUACUCGUGGGUCGCGCCCGACGGCAACGAGUACCACGUCAAGUACGUCGCCGACCGCUUCGGUUACCGCAUCGUCGACGACAACGUUGUGCCCAGGAUGCGCAGCGACGCCCCCGAAGCCGAGGAGGACGAUGACUAAGAGGUCUUCCGUGUUUCCUUUUCCGGUCCGUCGCUUUGGACACCUCGACUCCUCACUUCAUGAUCUGCUUUUCCGUAGAUAUGUAAAAAAAACAACAUAUGUAUCCAUCAUCAGAGAAUAUAUAUCUUGAUAUAUACAAAAA